AGAAGAUCGUACGUGUCAUCCAGAUGCAAAAUUGCUUCUAAUUAAAGCGUAAAUCAUACUUGAAAGCAACUACUGGCCAUAAUUUGGUAGUGUACGUUGCGUGUUUAUGCACGUAAUUUAAGAACGGCCUCGCGCGGAUAUACGCCGGGACUGCCAGACAGUCAGACCGAUGUUUUGUCUAUACAGAGGUUCGAGCAAGUUUAUUAGUCGUACGAACUCCAAGCAGGCAACAUGUAUCCAACGGUAGCUGCUAUUAUUCUUCUUUGUUGCCUCAGCUUCUCCCGAGCUCUCGAUAUCGAGAACUGCGGUUCUGAGAUCGGGACAUACACAAACGUGGAUUUGAGUUGUGACAUGUCCAAAUCCGUAUGCGAGUUGCCAGUGGACACGAACGUAUCAAUCUCAUUAGAUUUUACGCUCGAGAAAGAUGUGUCGCAAGUCUUUGCAGUUGUUCACGGUAUUAUAAUGGAUAUACCUGUACCGUUCCCCUUAAAUAACGCAGCUGCUUGUACAACACCAGACUCUGGGCUUACGUGCCCAUUGAGCAAAGGUGGACCGUACCACUAUACUAACACGCUACCAGUGAAGAAAUCUUAUCCAAAGUUAUCUGUGAAGGUAAAGUGGGAACUCAGAGAUGAAGAUGGUAAGGACAUCGCUUGUUUGCUGAUCCCAGCAAAAAUCAAAUAAAUAAACUAUUUUAUCUAGAGAUCUAUUAUUUUGAUAAAGUUAUGUAUCGUAAAAAAAUAAGAAAUAAACACGUGUGUUAAAAAUUAA